GUCAACUUCAGUGUAACAUUGAGUGUUGUCCUUCUGAUGGCAGAUCCGUAUUUGUCUUCAUUGCAUUGAGCACCACUGCUCUGAGGCUGGGUCUGAGUGAGUUCACAUAGCCUGAGAAAAUAGCCAUUGCUAUUAAACUGGUAGACUCUAUAUUACACUGUGAUCACUAAGGAAUUACAUGGAUUCCUACUCGGGCGCGGAACUGGGACCGGGAAUCAUGGGUGACCUUCAACCAGACGUCACAAGUGCAGUAUGGUAUCCAUAGCGACAAGACGGACCUGUCCAAGACUGUGACGGGAGAUACCACAAAGUUUGUAGUGGGAGACGUGACUCACUUCAUUCACAGGACCACUCUCAGCAAUCUGGUUCCACUAGCAAAGUACGACUACAGAUGUGGCAUUGACAAUGUUGCUAAGGAACGGUUUAAUGCUGUACUGCAUGCAGGGGACAACUUCAAUGAGUGGCCAUUGAAGUGUGGGGUCAUGAGCAUAUCUACAAGUACUGGCCUCUCUACGACUUCACGGUGAGCUCCCUCUGACCCUGCCAGUGCUAGUAGCUUCAUUCAUAACAUGUGCACUUGAGCACCAAAACAGUGCACACAGUAAUUGGGGCGAGCCUUAUCGUAGUGACGUCGGUAGACAAUUUCUCUGUAUGUAUGUAUGUUAUGGUAAUGGUACGGUCAACCUGAUAGACGGUUUUUAGACACGCGGUCCUUACCAAUUUCGUGAAUUCCUCGUGUAUUUUGCAACUGGAGGCAUAAGAAAGAGUUGCAUAAAAUGAAUCCUGACAACGAACGCAAACAAGAAAGACUUCGAAUAAGGAGGGAUCGAGAGAGACAAGCAAGAACCCAAGAAACAGCUGACACAGAGACUCCUGAGGCCAGGCAGGCACGCCUACACCAAAUGGCUGCUUCCACCCAAACCAGCAGAGCUUCAGAGACUCCUGAGGCCAGGCAGGCACGCCUACAGCAAAUGGCUGCUUCCACCCAAACCAGCACAGCUUCAGAUACUCCUGAGGCCAGACAGGCAUGCCUACAGCAAAUGGCUGCUUCAACUCAAACCAGCAGAGCCUCGGAGACUCCUGAGGCCAGACAGGCACGCUCGCCCCAUGACACCUUGUGUCACCCUAGUACAGUAAUAUCACAGUGUACAAUGGCUCCCUGGACACUCCCUACACUGACCCAAAGGCACCCAUUCACAUUGUGUCAGGAUCAGCCGGUUGCCGUGAGAGACACUCUGGGUUCCAAAAGCGAGGACUACGGCUACAGUAGGAUGACAGUGUCAUGCACAGUGGAGCAGAUCAGUGCCGAUCAGCCUGCUAGGAUAGCACUGUUAUUGACAUGUACAAUUCAAGUCCCUGGCCAUCAUCAAACACUAUACCAUGAUAUGGACCCUACAAUUGUUGACUGUCUACAUGCACUGAAUUCUUUAAUCGUGAAAAUAAUUAUGAUUUGUGUCAAGAAAUUAACAGUAAACAAAUUAUUCGUUCUCUGUUGAUCAAACUUAAAAAAGUUGUCUUCGAUCUUACAACAAUUUACAUAAAAUGAUUAAGUAUAUGAUGAUGACACUGAUGUAUAUAAAUUAUAUCUCACAUCUAUAUACAA